CAGUUCAAUUUAUUUUGAUUGACAUUUUGUUUCAUUCAUAGUUUCCCAGUUUUAUGUAAAAUGGUUUAUUUUUGUAUCAAAUAAAGUCUUUCAGAUAAUAGAGCGCAGUUGAAACGCUGUUGCGUUUAUUUUAAAAAGUGUCUUCCAGAUAUCUAUAUAAAUAUGAUGAUAUCACGAUCCAAACAUCGUUCAACGCUAGAAGUUUGUGCUGAUUGCGGGGCAUCAGAUCCGUCGUGGGCGUCUAUAAAUCGUGGACUGCUGUUAUGUGCAGAAUGCUGCAGUGUUCAUCGCAGCAUGGGACGGCAUAUAUCUCAUGUGAAAUCCUUGAGACAAGGUUCUUGGCCGCCUUCGCUCCUAGCGAUGGUACAAGCACUAACUGCACAGAAUGUGAAUAGCAUAUGGGAACAUUCUUUACUUGAUACAUCAGCACCUAAACAUUUGCGGAAGAAACCUCAACCUAAAGACCCACUACACCCAACAAAAUCAGAGUUCAUCUUAGCAAAGCACCUCCGCCUCGCAUAUGUAUUGCGCGCACGUCGUGAUGAGCCUCCCAGUGAACUCGGUCGGCAGCUGCACAGUGCUGUCCGUAGUAGUUCUCUGGACACAGCUAUGAGACUGCUUGCACAGGGUGCUGAUCCCAAUUACUACAAUCAGGAGAAAGGCUCUACAUGUUUACACGUGGCGUGCCGCGCGGGGCAGCCGGCGCAGGCGGAGUUAUUGGCGGCGUGGGGCGCGGAUCCCACGGCGCGGGAUAGCUCCGGCCUCACGCCUGCCGAAUGCGCUAGACAAGGCGGUCACGUGGAGUUGUGCGAGCGUAUGACGGAGGUGGUGUACGAGGCGACGGACCGCAUGAUAUACUUCCUGACGGGCGAGCGGCCCGCGCACGCGGCCGGCGCGCACUACCUGGCGCCGCGCGCGCACCACGCCCACGAGAUGACGGACGUGGCCAAGGCGGCCAGGGGGAAGCUGCAGCUGUUACCCAACCAUCUGUUCGAGGAGUUAGUGAUGGACAUUUACGAUGAAAUAGACCGGCGGGAAACUGAAGCUAUAUGGCAGACGAGCGCGACGGGCUUGGAACGUUGCGGGGUAGUAUUCCUACCCGUGAACCCCGCCCUGUCCGCGCCCCGUAACCAGGGCCGGCAGAAGUUGGCGCGACUUUCUACGGCAGAGAUGGCUACGUUGCUACGGGAUGUGCUCGUAGAUGCUACGAGGCGGCAACACAUUGCUACGCUACAACCAAGAGCGUUCGGCGGGGCAUCGAACCCGUUAUCAUCGGGCAGCCACCUACGGCUCAUAUCACAAGUGUCUGACGACGAACCACUUUACGACUCGGUCGCCUCCGACGACGACUACGCCGCGCUACUGCCUGAACACCUCGACAUAACGAACAUAGUACCACGACCUGGCGAAACCGUAUCUUCCACUUACAACCCGUCUCUGCCCGUAGAGCAAUCGUUAAGCACUGAGUUACGACGCGCACAAUCACCAAGUAUGCAGAGUGCAACGCCAGUGAAAAAAGACGAAAUCGAUACGUUAAAAAAAGAACUCGAUAGCCGAGACUCCACUAUAACAGAACUGAAGAACCAAUUGAAAAAUCUGCAAACGAUAGUCGAACAGCUGACGAAAGAGAACAGCGUAUUGAAGACGGCGAGUAGCGUCGACGACGACCAGAGUAUAGCCUCUCAGGCGUCGAUAAACGACAGUUUCGCGAGUAACGUCCUAGAUGGCGCUAGUAAACCUCCCGAGAGAGGGCGCAGCUUGGAAACAGAACAGCUGUCCAUGACGGACGAGGAAGCCGACCUGAGGCAGUCGCUGAAGAACGUCCAGCGACCGGUCAGUAUGUAUGAAACUAGGGAGGGACCAAAGAAUAACUGGCAGGUUACUAAACAUCAGGUACUAAUCUGUCAUUAAUUUUACUAAUUUUUAGUUGUAAUAUUGUAGGUAGUCUAACUUGGUAUUGAUAGAUAACAAAUAAAUUUAAUUAUAUAUUUUUUUUAUUCUGUAAUCAAAUAUCAGAUCGAAAACUACAAUCAAUAAUAUUGAGUUUGAUUUGAUUUGAUUUUCCAUAGAAAUUGUUGCUUAUACUGUUAUGUCAACGUUAUUUUGAAAAUGUUGAUAAGAAUAAUUCGUAGUUCUACUUAGUGGUGAUUAAUUAGUUAGUUUUUUUAAUAAAACCAACGACACGGAUCUUGAAUAGUCAGUAAAAUUUUUAUAUACUAAGCCGUAACCCGUGGCUUCACCCACGUGGUCCGAGGGCUCGCUUUACCGGAGCAUAAAACUAAACUUAAUAAAAAAUCUGCUAGUAGCAUCCAUUUUUAUAUCAUCAUCAUAGCUUAUCAACGUCCUGCUGGGGCACGGGCCUGCGCAAUAGAUGGAACCAAAUAAUAAUCUACCGGUGUUUCUGUGACAAACGCUCAUGUCUUCAUAGAAUAGUCCAGUUGCUCUCCUUUCCUUUAGCAGCGCAGUAGAAUCGACACACCUUGCAAAAAAAUUCUCCAUUAAAUUAUUUUAUUGGAAAAAUUGAAAACGAAAGCUACUUUGUUUGAUAAAAUGUAGAAAAAAUCAAGACUAC